AUGGAGCUGCAGGAGGACGCCGAGGCCGCCGUGGCCAUCGACAUGCUGCUGAUCGUGCACCCGGAGGAGCAGCCGCCGCGGGCGCGGGCCGAGCCGGGCGCCAGGCUGCAGCCGCUGCAGCAGCGCCGAGCAGAAUUCCAAGGUGUCAAAAACGGAAUCCGGAAGUGGCAGACAUCAGAAGAAAAUGACUUCCAAGAAAGCCUGGCGGAGAAGCAGCACCCUCAGCAGCCACAGGUCAUCACCGCCUAUGACAACCAAGGGACGCAGCUCACGGUGGAAGUCCACCCCUGUGACGCCAUGCCCCAGCUCCUCAAGAAGUUUUCUUUGGCCAAACGUUUGCAAGGUGACAAAAAUGGAAACACCCGACCCCGGCAGCCUGGAGGAAAAGAUGCCCAUGCCUAUCCUUGGGACAAGUCCAGUCUCAAAUCCAUGCCUCUCGACCUCAGGAAGUUUGAAAAACUGGACACCUAUGCCUCACAGGUGACGGUCAAGAGUAGCCUGGAUGAGCUGGUGUGUGACCUGCUUCAGGAAGCGCACAGCGAUCUAGAAAGAGUCCGCGCCAUUUGGAUAUGGAUCUGCUACCACAUAGAGUAUGACAUUGAGGCUGCUCAGGAGAAGAAUCGCCGAGCCUUCAAACCUACGAGCAUCCUGAAGACCAAGAAGACCAAUUGUGAUGGCUACGCUGGUCUCUUUGAAAGAAUGUGCAGGAUUGCUGGCGUACAAUGCAUGACGGUGGCCGGCUACUCCAAGGGCUUUGGCUACCAGAUAGGUCAGAGCUUCUCCGGGGAGUUUGACCAUGCCUGGAACGCCGUGUUCCUGGAGGGGAGAUGGCACCUACUGGACCUCACCUGGGGCAGCGGCCUGGUGAACACCACCACCUCCAAAUUCACCUUCCUCUACAAUGAAUUCUACUUCCUCACCCAUCCCGCGCUGUUCAUCGAGGACCAUUUCCCAGACAACAAGAACUGGCAACUACUGAAACCCCCUCAGUCCCUGAGGCAGUUUGAGAACAACAUGUAUCACAAGAGCGAGUUCUACAACAAGGGGAUGCUCAGCGCUCGCCCAGACACCUCCAUGAUCAGAACAGUGAACGGGAAGGCCACGAUCACCAUCGAGAGCUGCGCCCCGACGCUGUUCAUGUUCAUGCUCAAUGGCAAACAGGAGCACGGGCUGCUGAGCCUGAAGAAGAAUGGGAUGAGGCUAGAGGUGUACCCUCCCACCACGGGCACCCACAAGCUCCAGAUCUUCGCCAAGGGCGACUCCGACAUCUACAGCUCCGUGCUUGAGUACAUCAUCAAGUGCAACUAUGUGGAUCUGGGUGUCCAGCUGCCAACCGAGCUUCACCAGCCGGUGGGCCCCAGCUGGUUCUCAGAGCAGAUGGGCAUCAUGAAACCCUCCCAUCCUGACCCUAUCAUCCACACCAGUGACGGGCGCUGCUCCAUCAGCUUCCGCCUGGGGGAAGGGAUCAGCAUCCUGGCGUCCUUACACGGAGAUGACAGUCCCAUCACCGAGGAGACGCAGAGGCGUUACAUCUUCCAGGUGCAGAGAGAGAAGCGGACAGAGUUCAAAGUCCAGCUGCCCCACGCCGGCAAGUUCGCUUUCAAGAUCUUCGUCAAGAAGAGGAAGGAGCCGGGCAAUUAUAGCUUUGUCUUCAAUUACCUCCUGUGCUGUGCCAACACCAAGGUGAACUGGCCCGUGUUCCCUGAGAUCUUCGGCAACUGGGCGCAGGACAAUGAGCUGCUAGAGCCUCUGUCCGGCGUGCUGCCUGCCAAUCGGAACAUCCCAUUCAAACUGAAGCUGCCCGGUAUUGCCAAAGCCCUGGUGAAGGGGCGGGACACGUGGCCCUUGACCCUAAACCGCGAGGGUUACUGGGAGGGCUGCUGCAGCACAGCUGGCUGUCAGGAAAUGUACAUCAUGGUGCUGGAGAACGCCAACCACAACUUCUACUCCUACAUCCUGAAAUAUCAAGUGAACGCCCAGUGAA